AUGACGUCUACAACAGCGGGAGAUGACCCUCUUGAUUUCAAUGAAAAACGUACAGUAUCCGCCGAGUCAACAGGUUCAGAAGAAGAUAAUAAUGAGUUAAUAACACCGCCGCCAACCUACGAUUGGGAAAACGAUAAAAGAAAAUCAGAAUUAUUUGAUGAUGGAACAAUGUCAUUUUUUUGGCGUGCUCAUACAUUGACUGUUUUAACAAUAUCAAUGGCUAUUUUAUUCUAUGUAGCUGUAUUUGAAAAAGAAACUCUUGACUCCAGUUAUAAUGCAAAACGGGGUUUAUUAGCUUGUUCUAUGUUUUUCCUGUUAUUCGGAGUUGUUAUCACUCCAGAUGGUCCGUUUAUUCGACCGCAUCCAGCUCAUAUCGAUCCUGAAUUGGGUAAACCAUUGCCAGAUAAAGAUUAUGGUGGAAGUUGUCGAAUUUAUGAUUGGGAAAAUUCAACCGAUCCGUUUUAUUCAUUCAGAGAUAAAAUGGAUGGUUUUGUAUUAUCUCAUUUUAUUGGUUGGUGGUUAAAAACGUUGAUAUUACGUGAUUUUUGGUUAUGUUGGGUAACAUCAGUUGGUUUUGAAGUAUUAGAAUAUUCAUUAGAACAUCAAUUACCAAAUUUUAGCGAAUGUUGGUGGGAUCACGUCUAUGCGUUAAUAUGUAAUGGUGGUGGUAUAUAUUUGGGGAUGAAAACAUGUGAAUAUUUAAAAAUGAAGCCAUACAAUUGGAGAGGACUAUGGAAAAUACCAACUGUUAGGGGUAAAAUAAUGCGGGUAUUAGGACAAUUUACUCCACAUGACUGGCUAGAAUUUUCAUGGCGUCCACAAUCAUCAUUAAAACGUUGGGGUGGCAUGUUAUGCAUAAUAAUAAUGCUAUUUCUAGCUGAACUGGGCACAUUUUACUUGAAAUUUAUUCUUUGGAUACCACCGCCUCAUCUUCUGUGUGUGGGAAGAUUAUUAUUCUUUUUAUUAGCGGGCAGUGUGGCUAUGAGAGAAUUAUUUGAAUAUAUGGAUAACCCGUAA